GUUUCACUAACUCCCGAAGGUUAUUUAUAGACAUUCAGAAAUUUUGCGACGGCCUAGCAACAGACGAAUGCGACAGAUUUGCGAUAUCAUAAUAUAUUGCGAGCAAUUUGCGACGGAUUUGUGACACAGAACCGACUGAUUUGCGACUCCGUACCUAACUACUUAGGCCGGUGGGAAGGGAGUAAAACGUGGUUCACCUACUUUGAGUAUCCACGCAAAUUCGUCGCAAGUUGGUCGCAAAGUUGCGACAGAAUUUCUUUCCUGUCGCAAAUUGCGAUGUAUUUUGCGACGGCCUUGUUUGUUCGUCGCAAUGUCGUUGCAAAGCUGCGGUCGGUUUGCGACGGGCUAUUGAUGUCGCAAUUUGCGACGGAUUAGCGAGACACUAUUUUUCUCUGGCAAAUCCGUCGCAAACGCGUCGCAAAUUGCGACCACCAUUCGCCGUCGCAAAUUUUGCUGUUUUCUUGUAGUGAUAUAAGUGUUGAAACCAAGAAACUGCAAAAAACAAGCAAGAAGGCAAUGGAGAAGAGGAACCAGAAACACUUUGUGCUAGUCCAUUUAGGCUGCCACGGCGCUUGGAGUUGGUACAAGGUGAAAACAAAGCUAGAGGCUGCAGGACAUUGUGUCUCUGCAAUUGAUCUGGCUGCAUCGGGUAUCAACACGACCAGAGUGGAAGAGAUUCAGACGCUAGAGGAUUACUCUAAGCCGUUGCUAGAGGUUAUGGACUCGCUUGCCUCAGACGAAAAGGUGGUUCUUGUCGCUCAUAGCGCGGGAGGCGUACCCGCUGCUCUCGCUGCAGACAUGUUCCCUUGUAAGAUCGCUGCUAUUGUCUUCUUGACAUCUUCCAUGCCCGACACCAAAAACCCUCCUGCUUACGUUGUUGAAAAGUUGGUCAGAAGCAUUCCACCAGAAGAGUUCUUGGACACGGUGUUUGGUCGUUACGGGACACCUGAUUGUCCUCUACAGAGUAUUCUCUUUGGACCAAAGUUCUUGGCUGAGAAAUUUUAUCAGUUGUCUCCAGUUGAAGAUCUUGAACUGGCGAAGAUGUUGGCGAGGGUAAACCCGUUAAUUACAGACAAUCUUGCAGAGACAAGAAGCUUUAGUGAGGAAGGGUAUGGAUCGGUUACACGUAUUUAUAUCAUAUGUGGAGAGGAUAAUAUAGUAUCUGAUGAAUACCAGCGUUGGAUAAGCAGCAACUUUCCUCCAAAAGAAGUGAUAGAGAUCAGAGAUGCAGAUCAUAUGCCAAUGUUCUCCAAGCCUCAAGAACUCUGUGCUCAUCUCUUGGAAAUCGCAGAUAGAUAUGCAUAAAUAAACAGGGAAAUGCUGAAAUCAUAUGCUCCAAAUGUAUCACAGAUUCACUAUAAUAAAGUCAAUCUAUAUCACAGGUUUACCUGUUAAAUCUCUUCAACAUCGGAAGUGCAAAUAGAAUCACUCAAAAGCUAAUAACAACUUUUUGUCUUGCCGUUUAGAUUUUCU